UUGAAAGUUGAUAUGCCCGUCCGUUGGAAUUCAACCUACACUAUGCUUGGAACAGCUUUAUACUUCAAAUCUGUUUUUGCAUGGUUUGCCGAAAGGGAUAGCAUUUUCAAGUCACAUUUCUUACCAACUGCUGAUGAGUGGGAUAAGCUUGCCACAAUGCAUAGUUUUUUGGAGACUUUCUAUGAUGUGACAUUGGUAUUUUCUGGCACAAAAUAUCAUACUUCCAAUCUGUACUUUAAGUGUGUUUUCAUGGUGCACACUCGUUUAUUGGAGGCACAUGCUGCUAGGCAACAGUUCAUGGCUUCAAUGUUGACUGAUAUGAAAACAAAGUUUGAUAAGUAUUGGGCUGAUUAUAGUGUGUUCUUAUCUUGUGCUGCUGUUCUUGAUCCCCGCUAUAAAUUGGGCUUUAUAAGAUAUUGCUACAACAAACUCUAUCAAAGGGAUGAAGCCCAACGCCGACUAGCUGAAGUUAGAGCUACUUUGGUCAAUCUUUUUGAUGAAUAUAGAGGGUUUUCUGCCAACAUGUCUUCAUCUAGUGUUGCUACUUGUGACAGUGAUGUUGGUAAUUCUGGGUUUUUUAAUGACUAUGAACAGUUUAUGAGCACUAGCCGAACGCAUGAAGAGAGGUCACAGUUAGAUAUGUACUUGGAUGAACCGGCUAGAGGCUUGAAUGAGAAGUUGGAUGUUUUGGAGUAUUGGAGCAAGUCAUCCAUGCGAUAUCCUGAGCUAGCAGCCAUGGCUCGUGAUGUUCUAGUUGUUCCUGUGUCAAGUGUAGCUUCAGAAUCAGCUUUUAGUAUGAGUCGUAAAGUCAUUACCGUUAACCGAGCAUCACUCAAGCCCAAGACGGCUGAAGCUAUAAUGUGUCUACAGGAUUGGUACCACAUUAAAUGGGUGGGGAAGAGGAAAGGGAAAAGCAAGGGCAAUCUUCAAAUGCCAAUCGUAAUGACAACGAGCUCUCAUCAGAUUCUAAAGAUGAUGGCUGCUGAUCUCUUGUUGAAGAAGAUGGUGUUGGCUGCUGCUGUUGAUGCUACAAAAUGGUUCUUUUUACAUGUUGUUUGUGAUUUGUGAACCUGUGUUUUGGAAGAUGGAACUUUAUUUUGUGAUUUGUGACCUGUUAUUGAAGAAGAUAUAACUUGUAGUAGUUAAUUUAUGGCCUUGGUGCUAGAGUGCUGGACAUUAGAUGAAACUGAACUUUUAUGCAUGUGUCUGUCAAUGUGUGGUAUGGUGUUGGUGCUGGACACUUGGACUGUUAGUUGUGUUAUUAAGAUUUA